AUGGAUGUAAAAGAAAAGAUAGCGGUUAAUAUUAUAAUGGAAAAUAUACUAAACACCAGUGCAAGUACAGAGAAUUCUCUCUCAAGCACCAGUGAAAUAGAUUGGAUCAGUAGUUCUUCAGUUACAUCUUCAAGCAGUGAAGACAACGAUAAUUAUUCAUUGUUGUUUCCUCUAAUGAAGUAUUUAAUCAGUGGGCGUAAGAGACAUCGGGUCGAACAUUACCUCGAUAUUGUGGAUAGCUGGACGAACUUGGAAUUUAAGGAGCAUUUGCGAAUUGAGCGUACCACAGCAAUUCGAUUAAUAGAUGAAUUACAUGGAAGUAUAUUUAUUCCUUCGCAUUCAUUUGGAAUGAAACCAAUUGAAGCAAAAGUCAGUUUUCUUAUAUUUUUAUGGCACAUGGCAAAUACGGAACCUCUACGAACUAUAUCAGAUAGAUUUGAUGUUUCCAUUUCAUCUGUUUUUCGAGUAAUUCGUCGAGUAACAGCAUGGAUUUUGACAAAAUUAGAUGACGUUAUUAAAUGGCCUCAAGGAAGACAUAUUGCGUACGUUUGUCAUGAGUUUUAUACUAAGAGAGGUAUUCCAGACAUAAUAGGAGCUAUUGACUGCACUCACAUUAGAAUAGAAAAACCUAAUGUAGAAAAUGCUAGAGAUUAUUGUAAUCGAAAAAAAUACUUCUCUAUAAACUUACAAGCUGUCGUUGAUGCAAAUAUGAAAUUCACUAACAUUUAUUGUGGUCAGCCGGGUUCUCUCCAUGACGCACGAGUCCUAAGAAAAUCGGAAUUGUACAAAUCAGCUAAUGAACAUAGAGAAGCAGUUUUUUCAAACAGAAAAUUUAUACUCGGAGAUUCUGCGUAUCCAUCGUUACAGUGGCUUGUACCUCCAUUCCGUGAUAAUGGUCACCUUACUCCUCAACAGGCUGAAUUUAAUUUCAUACAUUCUUCAACUCGUAUGGUUGUAGAAAAAGCAUUUGGCUAUCUGAAAGGACGUUUUCGACGAAUUAAAUUCUUUUCAGAUUACCGUGAAAUGCCAUUUAUUACAAACACAGUUGUAGCUGCAUGUAUCUUACAUAAUUUAUGUUUAAAUUGUAAGGAUAAUAAUUUCAAUGAUGAUGUGGAAAUUGAGGAACUAAAUAAUGUAAAUGAUGACCCUAACGAAAAUAUAAAUUGCGAAUACCAGGUAGAUCGAAGGAUGGAAUUAUUCAGGGAAAUAUUUGACCAAGAAUAAACAAAGUAUACUGAUUUAUAAGUU